GUAACAAAUAUUUACAAACAACAAAGCAUGAAAGCUUUUGAUGAACAAAACACAAAGUACACGGAAAAAACCCAAAAAGCACACAACUAGCACAAAAAAGGUUACAGCAAAAAGAUCAAAGCUCUGGCAUAUUUUGUAUAAAAGGACGCGCAUUUGAUAUGACCGAGGAUUUCAAAUUUCGCUUUGAAAGUAGCAAGUACGGUGGUUUAUUUAGCCUGGUGGUUCAUUAAGCCAAAGUAUUAAGAACCUGACUCAUUUGGCCAGAUUAAUAUUUUUUUUUUAACCUGGCUCAUUCGGUUAAAAACUGUCCCAGCGAAUAUAAAUUUUGUUGUACGACCCUUAACGAGGGUUAAGAAUACCCCAGCAAAAUUAUAUAUUAUUAUAUGAACCCCAAAAAUGUGUUAAUUGAAACUGAAUUUUUUUUUUAUGGAAAACACAAUCUAAUUUCUCUGAAGCGAAAACAAAAUUAAAAUUUUUAUGAAAUUAAAAUUUGCUAUAAGAGGCAAAGAGUCAAGAUGGUCACCUUAAUAAUGAGAACUUAUGAUACGAGCAUUUACUAAAAAUCGCAAAUGCAACCUAUUUAGUUGAAGAUAUUUGACGUUUCAAAAAACAACGCGAAUUCAGGUAUUUGUUUACCAGUAAAAAUUUAUUUUUAUUUAUGUAAGGAAUAUAAUGCCAAAUUAAAAUGAGUAAAAUAUAUACGGUAGAACCACCAACAUCCGCUAAAGUUUCACUAAAAACAACAGUUGGAGAUAUAGAUAUUGAAUUAUGGACAAAAGAAUGCCCAAAAACAUGUCAAAAUUUUAUGCAAUUAUGCACCGAAGGAUAUUACGAUAAUACCAUAUUUCAUCGUGUUAUUAAAGGUUUUGUAGUACAUGGUGGUGACCCAAAUGGCGAUGGAUCGGGUGGGCAAUCCAUUUAUGGCGAACCAUUUGAAGAUGAAUUUCACAGACGUUUGCGUUAUACGAGGCGCGGGCUAGUCGGUAUGCUCAAUUACGGAAAGAAUGAUAAUGGUUCGCAAUUUUUUUUUACAUUGGCUGCUACACCCGAUUUACAAAAUAAAAAUACACUAUUUGGCAAAGUAACCGAUGAUACAAUAUUUAAUAUGUUAAGACUGGAAGUUGGUGCGUUAGAUCAAAAUAAACGGCCUAUAAAUUUACAAAAAAUUAUACGUACUGAAGUAAUAAGUAACCCAUUUGAUGAGAUUUUACCAAAUGUGUCUAGAGAGGAGGUUGAAAAUAAACAAAUGACGAUAAAACAUGAAAAAAGAGUGGAAAAUUUUAGUUUACUUUCUUUUGACGAUCAAACAGACGAGGAAGAAGAAAAUUUAAAAGCUUUGCAAGAAAGAAGUGCUAAGAAAUUGAAAACAAUGGAUGAUAUGGUUGAUGAUCCAAGACUAAGUGAGCAAACUAUUAAAAUUGAAAACCUUUCCGAUCAUAAACUAGUAUCAGCAGACGAAGAGUUUGGUGAAGAAGAAAAGGAUAUAACAGUGGAGUAUAAUAACAUAAAGAUGGAAGAUACUGAUUCAGAUGAUGUGCUUUUAACACAAGAGGAAGAAAACAAAUCGGAUGAUAUAAACCGAAGGGCGGCUAAAAAGACAAAUAAAAUGCAAUUGCAAAUACUGCUGCAGUUAAUGGAAUAUAAUCCAGAUAUUGCUCGCAGUUUCCAUAAGAAAAGCAAAAAAGAUGUUGCUAGGUUUUGGAGCAACGCGACAAUAGAGCUGAACUCAGUAGGACCGCCAAUAAAAAAUAUGUCCGAGUGGAAAAAGGUGUGGGUUGAUCAGAAGAAAUACGUAAAAAAGAAAGCAGUUGACAAUUUAAAAAUCAGAAAGGGAAUAGGAGAAGGUCCAAAUAUAGAACAUAAAUUUUCCGAUGUUGAAGAAGGAAUUUAUAAUCUGAUUGGACUGAAAGAAGCUGUUGAAGGUUUGCCAAUAAAAAAAUUUGGAUUGCAUUUAACAGAAGUACCUACAAUUUUUCCGCCGCAAUGCUCUACGACACAUUCAACUGAAACAGAAGGAGAGCACUUCCAAAGUGAAGAAGCUCCUUUUUCUAAAGGUUUGACCAAAACAGCAGCUCAUCCACUUACUUUCACCCAAGGAUCAGCAAACAAUAGAGAUAUUGCUACAAAUACUUCAAAAGAAGAAUUUGAUGUACAAAUAGAAACAUGCGACACCAUUGAAAUUGUAAUGAAAUACAGUAAAGAAAACGCACAAAACGCGAAAAAGAUAUACCGUUCUAUUGAAAAACUGCACGACCUUCAAAGCAAACACUUCCAGAAAAUGGAAACACUGAAACAGCUAGAAUUGUUGGAACAAAAGCGACAUAACUUAUGUAUGGAGAAAUUAAAGUUACAAGAAAUUGAGAACCAAAUUGAGAAAGAUCGACGACUUUUAAAAAUAGAGGAACUCAAAUUUCAGAACAUUAAUAAUUCUAAUUAA